GGCGAUGAAUCAAUAGCAAGGCACACGUCCGGUCACGUGUCUGUGUGACACGUCGUUCUGAAGCUCGCGCACGGAAGUGUUUGGACGCAUCUGCCUUCAGAAGGAAAUAUACAAUAAAGGAUUUAACACAAAAUGGGGGGCUUCUUCUCCAGCCUCUUCUCUGGCCUGUUUGGCACCAGAGAGAUGAGAAUUCUCAUUUUGGGUCUAGACGGAGCAGGAAAAACCACCAUACUUUACAGGCUGCAAGUGGGCGAAGUUGUCACUACAAUUCCCACCAUUGGUUUUAAUGUGGAGACGGUGACAUACAAGAACUUAAAGUUCCAAGUGUGGGAUCUUGGUGGACAGACGAGUAUCAGGCCAUACUGGCGGUGCUACUACUCCAACACAGAUGCUGUGAUUUAUGUCGUAGACAGCAGUGAUCGUGACAGAAUGGGAAUCUCAAAGUCUGAACUUGUGGCCAUGUUAGAGGAGGAGGAGCUGAAGAAAGCCAUCCUGGUGGUAUUUGCCAACAAGCAGGACAUGGAACAGGCUAUGACCCCUACUGAGGUGGCCAACUCUCUUGGCUUGCCUGCGCUGAAAGACAGAAAGUGGCAGAUUUUCAAGACAUCUGCUACUAAAGGAACUGGGCUGGAUGAGGCAAUGGAAUGGCUUGUGGAGUCACUGAAGAGUAAACAGUAAAUGCAGACGAGCUGUCUUGUAAAUACCCUGAUCUGUGAACAUCAGAGACUUCUUAUUGCGUGCCCCUUUGGACCAAUGAAGGUAUUCUUCCUGUUGUGUGAAGGCCACGCCACGCCCCUCCCAGGACAGAGAUGUUGAGGCAGAGUGUGAAUGGAGCGUUCUUGGACUCGACAAAUUUUAAAAUAUUUUUUCCCCUUUUGCUUCGUCAAUUUAUGCUUUGUAGAUUUUUUUUCAAUAUUCACUACAUUUGUACUUGUCAGAGGUGUUUGCUUCGUAAAAUUGCCUUUUUCCUGAAUAAUGGGUGCCGCUGGUAUACUAACCGAGUAGAUAUUUAAGACUGAUUUGAAUGCUUUGGAUUUGUAACAGCAUAUUUAUAUUUGCACGUGUACAGGGGACAGCGCUUCUGCGUUAUGGCUGCAAAAUAAAUAUGCAGUCCAGAUAUA